GUGUAUGUAUCUGUAUGGCCCACCAGCGCCCACCAGCAAGUAACAGGAACACGAUACAGUACGUCAUCCAUGAAUCAACAUGGCUACUGCGAGCGAUCGCAGCAGAACAGCGGCUCAAAUGAAGGACGAGAAAAAAGAUGGCAAUGAAAAGGAAAAUAUUUGGGCAUCUGUUCUGAGUGAAGUGCAGCUGAAGGGAACCAACAAGUUAUCUCCGAAUCAGCAAGUAGUUGUGAUUGGUGAUAGAGAAUCGGGCAAAACCACACUUGUUGCAAAGUUGCAAGGCAAUGUUGAUCCCAAAAAAGGGUCUGGCCUAGAAUAUGCAUAUAUUGAUGUCAGAGAUGAGUACCGAGAUGAUCACACUCAUUUGGCUGUCUGGCUGCUGGACGGCGACGCAAGCCAUUCUCACUUGCUGCGUUAUGCAUUGACGGAGGAAACGUAUUCAUCGACUCUCAUGAUGCUCACCGUUUCGAUGACCACUCCUUGGGCUAUGCUCGAUCAAUUACACGAGUGGGCAUCUCUUCUACAGGACCAUAUAGACAAACUUCCCUUCUCUGCUGAAGCAAUCAGGGAAUAUCAGCACAAAUAUGUCCGACGAUGGCAGGAGUAUGUAGAACCAGGUGAUGAAUUAGAAACGGCUCAACUGAGACGGACAUCUCGACAUGUGGACGGAGAAGAGGAGGGCAUGGAUCACCUGCUUCCUCUUCCGGAAGGAGUCCUGACGCGCAAUCUCGGCUUAGAUAUUGUUGUUGUUGUUACAAAGACUGACUAUAUGGCGACACUGGAAAAAGAUCUGGACUAUAAGGAGGAACACUUUGACUUUAUCCAAGAACACCUGCGCAAAUUUUGUUUACAGUAUGGAGCUGCGCUGUUUUACACCUCAGUGAAAGAAGAUAAGAAUUGCGACUUGCUCUACAAAUAUCUCGUACACAGAAUAUAUGGUCUAGUGUUCCCUACUCCCGCUCUGGUGGUUGAAAAGGACGCAGUUUUCAUCCCUGCUGGAUGGGAUAACGAUAAGAAAAUUGGAAUCCUCUAUGAGAAUCUGCAGUCCAUGAAGCCGGAUGAUGACUAUUCGGAUAUCAUUAAUCGGCCUACAACACGUAAACCGGCCCCCCGCGAGGCUGAACUUCAUGCUGAAGAUGAACAGAACUUUCUGUCUCGUCUGUUGCAACAAUUGCAGCAGCAACAGCCAGCUCCUGUUGGCAUCUCCGGUGCAGUCAACGGUUCAACAGCUUCGCCUGUACCAGCUGGAACAGGUGUCAAUUCACCUUCAGCUGGAACUCCUAUUAGAGGUGGCAUUCAAGUGCAAAAACCUGUCGAUCGUCGUAGUUCCUCUUCGGCUGUUCCUAAUCAAAUGGAUCCCAUAAAGACUGGAAUCAGUGGCACAUCCGAAGGCGUAUUGGCCAACUUCUUCAAUUCACUGUUGAAGAAGUCUUCGUCAACAACCCCACCGGCUGGCAUGCUUCAAUCUGGAGAUCGAGUCAGCGUGUCCAACGCCCCUGCGUCAGGAAAUGAAGGAUCUCCGGUUCCAGGUUCUCCCGACAAGCUGAAUUUGGUCAAUCGACCAGGAGAAGUGGCUGCUGAGCUGGACAGGUUGGCCCAAUCCGCUUCUUCUCGACUCAAUCCAAUACCACCAGUGCCCGUCUCGACCAAUGUGGAUAACUCUUCGUCCGAUUGCUGAUCUUGUUGACCUACACCACUCCUUUUCGUUUCCCUCCCUCCACCCAAGACUCUCAAAUCGGCGUAAUUGUUUAUCCCCUUUCCUAGAUUUUUUCUAAUUUAAUUCAAGGCGCGCUAUAUUGGAUUUGAAGUACUGGGUUGAACUUUUUUUUUCUUCCAGUUCUGCUCUUGUAUUGUUCAUUUUUUUUUUUAUUACGCGCAUAACCAACAAAGCUGGUCGUAAUGCUGUAAGGAAAACCCAGACGCAAGCCAAGGGAGAGGUUAACUAAUUAAUUUAAUAAUUCUGCAGCUUAUUCUAUUCAACAUUUCUGUAAAUAACCAGAAUGAAAACAUCAACAUGUCCUCAAUCCUUUGAUUUCCGUCUUGGAUUUUUGUUUUGUUGCCGGUGAGUCCAUGUAGUGCCACUCUCCGUGUAAUUUGCUUGCAAAGUUGCGGAUGAAAGUAUUACGGCCCACUGAAUAUACAUAGGUAAUCAGUCUA